CAGCGUACGCGUAUAACAAAACCGAAAGCUACUGGAUCGGUUUGACCCGACGUCUUCCCGGCAGCGAGAAAUCUGAUUUCGGUUGGAUGAGUGGAGAACCACUAGUAUAUUCUAAACUUGGUAAUCUCAACUAUGGUACUGGAUGUCUCCUUAUAAGGAGAUUCAAGAAGGGCACAAGAUGGGAUGCUUUUGGAUGCGGUACAGCUCAAGGUUAUAUCUGCGAGAGAAGAGAUAUGUCGGUAACUCGGAAUCAACAACGAUUCAAAAUGAAACUCGGAAACAGCAUACCUAUUCUCGAAUCUGUCAUCGAUGACGUCACAGCAGGGACUCCUAUUCGGUGUGCGUCUCUCUGUUUAUUUCAUCCAGAGUGUGUAUCGUUUGCCUACCAAAGUGUAGACAGAAGAUGCGUCAUAGCGAACAGCAGAGAUUGGACGAAUGUCGAAGCCCAAGGAUUUCGCCAUUACCUCCUGAUUGAAUGAUUGAUGUACU